AUGUACUUUAAUGAAAUUCCUUAUUUUUUUUUACUAUUACCAAUUAUUCUAUAUAUAUUUUCAAUAGAUUUUACUGAGAUAAUCUUUAAAAAAUAUUGCUACAAUAAAAUGAUUAAAAUUAAAUUAUUUAUGGAUUGUGGCCUGGAAACUCUCGUUUUACGAUAUCCGAUCUUGGCGAAUCUCUUCAUAUACCUCUUCCAGAUUUCCGGAUCAGGACACUCCAGUUUUGAAACGACGUCGAAGCACUGCGUUAAUUGGGUAAAUACGUCUACUACUGAUACACUGAAAAGGGCGUGCUCGCUGCUCUUUAUGAACUCUUUUAAAAAAGGAUCAACUAGACUGACCUUUGGUCAGUCAAAGAACACAAUUGACGAAGUAAUAUUACUCUUUUUUAACUACGCGGAGCGGACCGGGUUCGAGUCCCGACUAGUUUUCAAUCUUUUUAUUUUUCUAUCAAGAAAUUAUUUUCCAGUGUCUCCACUGCAUAACGAAAGGCUCGAACCAGGCUGGGUACUCAGGAACUGCGCCUUUGUACGGUGGAACGUCCUUGACGUAGUUGGCGUGGAGCCAUUUCACCCUGAAGUGGAGGUUCAUGUACUCGGAAGACUUGCACCGUCGGUACUGCUCGUGCUCCUCGAGGGCGUACUUCAUGUCCACUGCGAAGACGGCGGACAGCUGACCGAUGUUCAGCUCUUGAGGGAAUUGAUUGAGCACAGGACCGUAGCUGUUCUUGUCUUCCUCUAUCACCGAGACAAUCAGCGCGAUCAGCUUGUGCCAGAAGUCCAGGGAGUCCAGGACCGGGCCGUGGUCAUUAGGAUCCCGCUUAGCUUCGUUCGGGUCCACCUGGAACUCCCUGUUGUACAGCUCGUAGCAGUGCUCGAACAGGAACUGGUACGUCGACCGCAAGCAAGCUUUCACGCAGUCUUUCACCACUGUGCUAGCUCUUGGUGGACUCGUCAGCUCCUGGACCUUCAUUCGGAAGAAGGUUAUGCUCGUCAGCAGGUCCACCGUGCUCUUCAAGUCCUGCAGCUUCUCUGGUCUGGAUGCUGGGAAGUUGUUUCUGAACAUCGACAGAUCAAUACGCAGCGUGUUGUGCAGCUGGUCCAGAAGUUUCACGAAUUUUUCUUUCUUAGUCUAAAAUUUAUUUGGUUGAUGAAUUUCUGGAAAAUUUACCUAAAAAAAAUACUGGAAGAAAUUUUAAAUUCAAAAUUACGGACAAAUUUUUUAAAACAAACAAUCUUAAAAUCUUUAAAUGUCUAUCAUUUCCAAACUAAUUCACCGAUUUUGCUCAAUUUCGAAUUCAAUGCGACCUUAUAG